AUGAUGAUAUGUGAUCUCUUGGAUACAACCACACACACACGCACACACACACAAACCACCAGGCAUUGCUGCUACCCAGCUGAGCAAAAUGUCUUUCUCCUAGCAGCGGUGCUCAUCAUAGCUUUCAAAUCCUUGACGAUGUGGCCAUGCUUUCCCCUCUGCCUUCUACUUUCUCUCUGUUUCUGCCUGCUCUUCCUGCCCUUGGGGCAUCUUUGCCCUCCUCUCUGUAGCUGUAUGGACUCCCACACUAUAGACUGCAGGGAUCAAGGACUCCCCAGGGUUCCUAAUCUGUUUCCACUGGACGUACGGAAACUUCUCAUAGCUGACAACAACAUUCAGGUGAUACCGGCUGAUUUCUUUAUAUUUUAUGGAGAUCUAGUCUACUUGGACUUCAGGAAUAACUCAAUCACCUCCUUAGAAGAGGGCACUUUCAGCAGUUCCACCAAGCUGGUGUUUUUAGACCUAAGCUACAAUAAUUUAACGCAGCUUGAUGCUGGGAUAUUCAAGUCGGCAGAGAAGCUGAUAAAAUUAAGCCUUGGGAACAAUAACCUAGUGGAUGUGGACGAGGCUGCUUUUGAGAGCCUGGAACAGCUCCAAGUGUUAGAACUGAAUGACAAUAACUUGCAGAGCCUCAACGUGGCUGCCCUGGAUGCACUUCCGUCCCUUCGGACUAUACGUCUAGAGGGCAACCCAUGGGUCUGUGACUGUGACUUUGCCAACCUCUUCAGCUGGAUACAAGAGAAUGCAUCCAAGCUUCAGAAAGGUCUACACGAACUCCAGUGUUCCCUGCCUGUGGAAAACAGAAGAAUCUUUCUGGAUGAAUUAUCUGAGGUCAGCUUCAGUGAAUGCAAAUUUAGUUUGUCGUUAACGGAUCUGUUGAUCAUCAUCUUCUCUGGCGUCGCGGUCUCCAUCGCCGCCAUUCUGUCAAGCUUCCUCUUGGCGGCGCUGGUGCAUUGCUUCCAGAGAUGCGCUCCCAGCAAAGAUGAUGAUGACGAAGAAGACAGCGAGGACUGAACCGUUCCUGUAUUUAAAUAUCCCUCAUUUAUAAGUUACUGGAUCAACAGCCAAUGUUGAAGAAGAAGAAGAAGAAGAAGAAGAAGAAGAAAGAAAGAAAAGCGAACCUAGAUCUCUUGACGCUGGAUCUGUUUCUGUAGAGUUCAAUCAAACGUUGCUUUUAAACUCAGGGUGGGGCUAGGGGAGGAAGAAAGGGGGGAAUGAAUCCAAAAGAAGUCCUGGUGUUUGGAAAAGAUUGUCCUCAUGGUAGCAUAUGUACUUAAUAGAUUGUUCUAAUUGCACCCUGAAAAGGGCCCACUAUAUGUAGCAUAAAUACAGAGCUUUCAGUUGGAAAUACAGAAGCAAUUUCAUAUCGGCUCCUCCCUCUACCUGGGGAGGGGGAGAGUCAGGUAAACUUCCCCAACUUCCCAAAUGACCAAAUUCAAUUAAAUUGGUUCAUAGAGUUGUAUAAACCAUUAUAGGAAGUUUGACGUUUUCUUUAUACACAGUGUCUCUGCAAAGAUUGUCUCACAAGUUAGUGCUCUGAGUUAUGGGCCUCAUUCAAGCAUUUUAAAUAAGCCAAUAGUGUUCUAGGUCUCAACAACAACAAAAACCCUCAAGCAUUAGCAGCAGUUAAGCAGCUGCCCAGCAUAUCUUUGGCCAGGGUAUAAAUAAUGAUAGAUUUCCUUUUGGGUUUGGGGGGCAAUGAAGCAAAGACAACCCUUUAGCCCUGCUGGGUGUCAUUAGCCACUUGAACAACUUCACUAUAAUCAGCAGAGGGAUACUCUAACUGGAAUUGCAGUCUGCAUACAGCAAUGUACUGAAAUACUCUGGUGCAUUCGUUCUCCUUCAUUAUAAAUAGAGCUUCAUUAGACCCAAGUUCAUGACCAUGAGACCUGAGCAUGAAGCAGAACACUGGAUUUGAACAUCCCCAAAGAUUGAGAGGUUUCUUCUGAGUUUGUAUUUUAAAAUUGGUUCCCUCAGUUGAACUGGAAAAGCCCCAGUCUUGGGGUAUUUGCAAUCUGGGUCAGAUCUGUCUCUGAGUUUUGAAGCUCAAGGCCAGGCCUAGCUAGAAGUGGGUUCCAAGUUUGAGUAUAUGAAGUUCCCAUUAUGAAAUACAAAACAAACCAUUAAAACAUUCAUACUUAGUGCAAUGGUUAACUCUGGAAAGUUGAGAAAUCACUGGAUCUGGAUUGUGAAUACCCACAAUAUUGGAGAGUUUGGCAUGGAGGUUUUAGCUUGGCUCAACACUGAGACGAGGCCAAGGGUAAAACAAGGCUGUGGAUCGUGGUUCAGAAUACAAAUCACCAUCUGCGUUUAGACACUGAUUCAGUGCAGGAUUUAAAUAUGUGCUGAAGCCCCAAUGAUCUCAGUAGGAUUGACGCACGUGAUUAAGUGUUGUCCUGAAUAAGGAUGCUUUGAUGAAUCAGGGUCUUAGGAGGUACUCUCAUAGCAGAGAUGGCUUCUCCCCCCUCUCUGUCACAGUCAUCCCAACAGCCUUGUCACUGGAUAAAAGGAUUAUGUUAUGUUUCCACGAGGCAGGGAUCACCAGGGAGUUUGUUCAGGAAGGGGGUUGACAUUUAUCAAAGAAUCUUUUAAAUCAUUUAUUUCUUCAGUGAGUCAAUAUUGGAUAAAUAGACAUGAUGAAAAAUUAUGUUUGUAAUGCCCGGAACUGGGGUGAGCUAUUAGAAGAACUGGGGAUCUUCUCCUACUCUUGCUCUGUCAGCAUGACAUAAUCAGUGAAAAUUAUUGGCCAAUAAGGCCCUGAUCUUGCAAGCAGAUCCAGGCGGGCCGAUCCUGGCAUUCACACACCCCUUAUUGACUUCAGUUGGACUUCAAGCAGGAGCAAGGGUCUGCUUGCAGCAUCUGGCUCUAAAUUAUGGUUUUGAAAUACUAAAGGCUAUGUUCUGCUCACAGUUGCACUGGUAUAAAUCCAGAAUAACACCAGUGAAAUCAAUGGAGUUAAUCCAGAUUGGCACCAAUGCAAACAAGAGCAGAAUCUGGCUCUAGGAUACAUCAAUUCUGACUGUAUUAUAGGUCUUGUCAAAACUUGAUUUCAUCUAUAAAAGGGCAGAUAUUUUUGUGAAAAAGAUAAAUGAACAUUUAUUAAAGGAGAUUUUUGGAAUAGCAAUGGACAGCUUUUUUGGACAAGUAUAUUUUUAAAAAAUUUGUCAUGGAAAUAUUUUUUUAAAAAUGUACAUACUGAAAAUAUUAUUUAGAAAAGCUACGAAGACUGAAAAUAGUACAAAAAACCAAAAACAAACGAACAAAAAUAAGUAAAAGCAAGCCAAGAACUAUACGCUGUUGUAGAAGACUCAGAUGUGACCAUAAGUAGCAUCUAACUACUGUAAAAACUGGUAUUGUUUCUGGAAAACAUUUUUUUGCUAUGAUUUUGCCUUGCACAAUUCAUGCGGAUUGAUUUUUAUGGCAAUCAUCCAAAUCCCUUGUAUCUAUAUUGUGUGCUAAUUGCUCAAACAGAUGGGAGUGAAAUUUAAUUUGCCUAUUUGACAGGUCGUGUGGGUCAGUGGAUAGGGAACAAGACUGGGAUUCAAGAGACCUGUGCUCGGUUUCCAACUCUACCAUUGGCCUGCUGUGUGACUUUUGACAGGUCACUUUCCAUCUCUGUGCCUCAGUUUCCCUAUCUGUACAAGGGGGAUUAAUACUUAUUUAUCUUUACAAAGUGCUUUGAGUUCUGUGGGUGAAAAGCACUAUAUCGGGCUAUGUAUUAUUAUUACAUAAGCUAGGCUGGAGCACAAGAUAUACAGUAAGUCUAAUUCUGAUCUUACACCAGUAUAAUUCCAUUGAUCUCGAUGGAGUUACUUCUCAUGUACACCAGGGUGAGAUCAGAAUCAAACCUAGUGUAAUUCAGUUUCUCAUUCCGCCCUAUCUCUCCAGCUUCUUCAACUUGAUGUAAUGUUACAGUUAUAGUCAUAAGACUAUUCUUUCUGGAAAUACACUGAAACAAAAUUAAGUGGUCCAGUCAAAGGAUAUGCUGCAUCAAUUCUCUCUUACUCUCUUCUUGCUCUUUCAAGAAAAUUAAAUGACAUGAUUUUCACUAUGUAGUGCCAUGGUUACAAAUUACACAAAUAUAUUUCUAAUGAAUAUAUUGCUGCUGUUGUUUAUUUGUAUAUGAGAAUGACCCCUCCCCCCCAACAAGCCCCUGA